AUGUCCACCGAUCUCCAAGCCCUCAACCACCAAACCCUAACCUUACCCUCGAUCCACACUCAAAACCCUGAUGAGCAAUUCUCCGAUCCGGUAGCUCGGCCGAGUGGGAACGGCGAGGAUGGCAGCGGCGGCGAAUUUUGCCGAACGCCGACAUCCGAGAAGCACAGGAUCCCCGCGGCCCUCCGCUGUCCUCCCGCGCCGAAGAAGCCGAGAUUCUCUCGCUCCACCUCGUGCAGGCGGAAGCUGUCCGAGCUGGAUUUCUUCGACGUCGUGAACCGCCGUGAGGUCGACACUUUCUUUGAGCUGGCUGCCGCUGCCGCUGCCGCCGGCAGAGUUUCGAAAAGGAGACGCCCCCUUGUGGAAUGA